AUGGGACAAUGGUACACACCGCCGGAAAUCCCUUCUUUGAAGUGGACAUCGGCGUUACAGACGGCAAGGCUUGAAGACGGUUCAGUGUUUAUUUACGGAGGAUCAACUGCAAACGGCUUCAUCACGAACGCAACUAUCAACAACCCUACUUACGAGUUCUUCCCACCUAAGAACAUCAAUGGCUAUAAUGGCGUCCAAAUUCCCAGCCAGUUCUUGUUGGACACACUCAUCGCCAACCAGUUCCCCAACGUCCUCGCCCUUCCAGAUGGCAACCUCUUCAUCGCAGCUAACCAACAAGCGAUGCUCUUCAACUGGAAAACGAACACAGAGACGCGCCUUCCGAACGUACCCAACGGCGUACGAAUCAGUUAUCCAUUCUCUGCGGGACUUACUAUGCUCCCUUUGACGCCCGAGAACAACUUCACUCCCGAAAUACUGACCUGUGGUGGAGCUGACCUUGACGAUUCGUUGGCUACGGGUGCAUAUUCCUCACAAUCCCCGACUUCCAACCAGUGUGCUCGUUUGGUUUUGACGCGUCAAGGUAUCGCCGCUGGAUGGAAAGUCGAACACAUGCCCCAGAACCGUACCAUGGUGGAAUUGAUUCUCCUCCCUGAUGGUCGCGUUUUGAUGGUCAACGGAAUGUCCACCGGUGUCGGCGGGUAUGGAACUGGUGUUUUCGAUAUGAUUAACGAGAGUAACGCAGAUCACCCGGUCUUCACGCCGCUCAUCUACGACCCGAAUGCCGCACCUGGAAAGCGUUUCACCGUCGCUCCAAUUUCUUCCAAUAUUCCCAGAAUGUACCACUCUACCGCGACCCUUAUCCCUGACGGAAGUAUUUUGUUGGCCGGAUCGAACCCAAACAGCGAUGUUAUCUUCAAUGUCACUUACCCCACUGAAUACAGGAUGGAGUUCCUCUCUCCUCCAUACAUGUUCCGUCCCAGGCCCACUUUCACCGGUCUGCCAGCAACACUGGACUACGGAGCCACCGCCACCAUCAACGUUAACCUGCCGCGCGGGACUCGCAGUGUCACUGCCGUCUUGAUGGACCUAGGCUUCGCGACACACGGUGUGCACAUGGACCAAAGACUCGUUCACCUCCGUUCCACGCUGUCCCGCGACGGAAAGACACUCCGCAUCACCGGCCCAGCAAACCCCCGAAUCUACUCUCCCGGCCCCGGCUUCUUGUUCAUCGUCACUAACGACGGUGUCCCCAGUGAAGGCAAGAAGUUCCUCAUCGGAACUGGUGCUCAGCCACCCGUCGACCAAGGAGCUAUCGAAAACUUGUUGCGCGCGACCGAGAACUUGAACUCAGUGGCCCCAUUGAAGCACUAA